AUGCCUGUGCCUAUGACGAGAGAAAAGGUCUGGGCGCUGGCCACAUAUAUCCAGGUCAACAAUAUCUUCGGUGUGGAAAUCAAGCUCCCUGGUCUGGCAGGGGAGAAGAAGAAAUAUGUAGAUAUGACCAAACAUCCAGGCGCGCUGGCAGGCGGGUCCCCGCACCCGCAGGGCAGCGCACAGAGGGAGCGCGGCCCACUGCCGACAGCUCCCGACUGGGCGCCCGUGCCUGGGAACGUUGCGCCCGAUGUCGUCAUCCCAAUCUCGUUGGGAGAUGCGAUGGCAAUCUAA